GUGUCUGGGGCCGGCGCGGCGCAGAGCGGAGAUGGGGCCGGGCCGAGGGCGCUGCAGCUAGCGCCGCUGCGUUUGCUCAGCCGGCCGCGGCAGCAGGCUCAGGUAGGAAGGAUGAGCUCUUAUGCUGACAUCUGCGGGUCCAGGCAAGCUCAGGGCAGCACUGAGGGAGGUUACCAGCGGUAUGGAGUUCGGUCCUACCUACACCAGUUCUAUGAGGACUGCACAUCUUCAAUUUGGGAGUAUGAGGAUGAUUUUCAGAUCCAGAGAUCACCUGGCAGAUGGAGCUCUACGUUCUGGAAGGUGGGACUCAUCUCUGGAACUGUUUUUAUGCUGAUAGGCUUGACAGUUCUUAUAGUUGGUUUUCUUGUGCCACCGAAAAUUGAAGCCCUUGGGGAAGAUGAUUUUGUUGUCGUUGAUAACCGUGCCAUUCAGUUUAAUGGGUCCCUUGAUAUAUGCAAGUUGGCAGGAGCGAUCUUGUUUUGUAUUGGAGGGACCACCAUGGCAGCGUGUCUGCUGAUGUCUGCUUUUGCUAAAAGUUACUCCAAAGAAGAAAAGUACCUCCAGCAAAGAUUUAAAGAGAGAAUAGCUGAUAUAAAAGCCCAUGCCAACCCAGUCACAAAAGCACCAGCACCAGGAGAAUCAAAGAUACCCGUCACUUUAUCCAAAGUCCAAAAUGUCCAACCUUUAUCUGAAACCUGACCCUCUCCUUUGGUUUUGUGUCUCACUGGUACAUCACUUUACUGGAAAAUAUCAGCUGUUGUUGGCAUACAUGCUAGUAAUUACAUCAAGUGCUCUGCUAUACAAACAUGCAGCUGAUUGAGAACCUGCUCCAAUACAAAUUUAGGAUUGGAAAAAGUGAAACUAUAUGAUUAGAGGUGUGACCAAUAUGUUCAGUGCAUUCAAGCAUUUUAAUCUGUGUUGAACCAAGAAAUCCUUGCAACAAUGAUUAGCUCUUUAGCUUAUCACACUGUAACCCUAGAAAUUAUUGAGUGUGGUUACAACAGCUGUACUAGGAACAGCCUACAUCCCACUGUUUAUAUGAGUUUGAGAGUUGGCUUUUUCUUUUUCUAGCUUUUAAAAUACUUACUUCUACUCCCUGGCUCUGCUGUCCAGGAAGCCCAGAUUCUGCCCUUGUAGCUUGCAUUUGGCCUCCCAUCUCAUUCUGUAAUCCAUAGCAAAGUAAUAACACACAUGACAGAUAUGACAUUAGUUUGAGCCCAGCACACUUCCCAGUAAUGCUACUUCCUGGGAAAGGCAAAUGAUAUUUGAUCCUGAGUUAAAAUUCACCUGUGCAAAACUGCCACCUUGCUUUUAAUCAUUGCCACAUUAGCAAAAAAUACAAAAUAAAGAUAAGGAAUUCAUAUGGGAGGAGGAAAGGAACAUCAUACUUCUAUGUCUUUGGUUUUAUACUGGUUCCUUCAUUAUAUUAUAUUAUGUUUGAUGCUCAUAAAAAAUAUUCUGGUUUUGACAGGAUGUGGAUUAAUAAGUGUCAUUCGACAUGCCCAGGCCCCAUAUUCUGUCAGUAUAUUAAUCCUAUGUUAGAUGACCUUAACAUACUUAUCUAAAGAUGUUUUGAAAUGCUGUUUAUAUUUUUAUAGGUAAUAAUAGAAAAAGUUAUGCUUAAUCAGAUAACAUUUGUGUAAAAGCUUACCUGAAGACUUGUCCUUUCACUGAAGAACCUUAAUUCUUUUGUCACCUAGGGCAAUUACUUCACUGUCUUAAUCUAUGGAUUUAAAUGAAACCGUAUGGAAAAAAAAAGAUGUGACAUUUGUAUUCUCCAACAAUAUGUGCCACCUUAUAGUUCUGUCUAUUUUUUGAAUGGAUUGAAUAAAAUUCUAG